AUGACUACAAGAGGGGACAUACACCUUUCAGUAAGCGAUAAGGGUGGGGAAUUCGUAGUCAUGUCACAGGCUCUUGAUCGGGAAAUAACAAAUCUUCACUUGCAAGAUGAAACGAUCUAUCGCCGCGUAACAGAGAAAGAAUUCCUUGUGCAGUGCAAACGCUUGAAUCAUGUAUGGAUGACUAUGGGAAAAUCUGCUGGCCUUGACGAACGAUUUGUUAGCCGCCUAAAGCUUGACAAACCGACCUGCCCUGUGUUCUACAGCCUCAUCAAAACGCAUAAGCUGAAACCCGAUGAGGUCAACUCAACAUCAGCGGCCACAUUCAAAAUCCGACCAAUAAUAAGUUGUGUGGGAGGACCAACGGAUCGCAUUUCGUGGUUCCUUAAUAAAAUCGUGAGUCAAAUUUUGCCUAAAAUACCAUCUCAUUUGUCGAACACGCACCAUUUCCUUGAGCGAUUACGCAAUGCGAGAGUUGAGGGCAACUGCGUAAUAGAGUCUUUUGAUGUAACCUCACUCUACACGAAUGUAAAAAACAGUGAGGCGCUGCAAGCUCUCUCUGAGAUGAUAGAUUUAUAUGGUAACAACUUGGAAACAUAUGGACUAAGUAAAUCUCGCAUAAUAACGCUUAUCAAGGAAUGCCUGAAUUGUAAUAUCUUCAGGUGGUCAGGAAAUUAUUUCGCGCAACUGAGAGGGCUAGCAAUGGGUCAACGAUUAGCACCAGUACUGGCGAUCUGCUUCAUGAGCAGAAUCGAAGAACCAGUACUUUCGCGUAGACCAAUAAUGUAUUGCAGAUAUAUUGACGACUGUUGCAUCAUAACAUCAACACAGUCCGAAAUGGACGAGUGUUUCCGAAUACUCAACCAACAAUCGCAAUAUAUAAGACUCACACGAGAAACCCCAAAAGAAGGAUGGCUUCCGUACCUCAACACACAAAUAAGUACUUCAAACGGCAUUAUUAGAGUAAAGUGGUAUCGCAAAGAAAGUUGCAAGAACAUAUUGCACGCCAAAUCUGCACAUCCGACUGCAGUAAAACGUGCAGUGAUUCGUAAUAUGUUCAAAACCGCUAGUGAAGUAUGCACUGGCAACCAAGAACGACACGAAUCACGAAGACUAGCCUUGAAAAUCGCAUGUGCCAAUGGCCAUACAGUACGUCCGCAUUACCGAAGAACCCGCACUGUAAAUAGCAAUAUUCCGCGCGAAAACAAAAUUUCUCUUUGUCUUCCUUUUAUCUCUGACAGUGUCAGUGCCGCUGUUCAGCGCAGCAUUAUCCAAGCACAAUUACAAAAUGACGUGAUCUUGGUAAAUAUCCCAAAUGCAAACAUCAAAAGCCAGCUUGUUAGAAACAGACUAUAUGAUAGAUACUGCAUCUGUGAAAGAUGUGUUAUUUGUCCUUACGGAAAAACAGGCGACUGCGCAAAAAUAGGGGUAAUAUAUGAGAUUGAGUGCUUGAUAUGCAAUGCAACUUACGUUGGGGAGACCGGUAGGAAUCUUGGAGUGAGGAUUAAUGAACACAUGGCCGGAAAACGACGAAAAAGUUUGAUAACACCACUAGGAAGGCACAGACAUGAGGCCCACAACGGGAACGAUUACGAUGUGAAAUGCGUUAUACUGGCUCACGAAACAGAAAUAUCGGCAAGGAAGACGUUGGAGGCAUUUUUUAUUCUUAAAAGAAACCCUUCAAUGAAUAAUAAGAAUGAAUGCUUGUCCAUAACGAAUGAGUUCUUGCCACUUGUACCGCUCUGUGACCUAUAA